UUUAAAGUAACUCUUCCUGCUGAGUUAAUAUUGUACCGCUUUUGUUGACCUCGAGUCAGGUGGCACCAUGGAGGACAAGAACCUCGACGAGUCCAACGUGAAGGUCGCUGUGCGCGUGAGACCGAUGAACCGGAGGGAAAAAGAACUACAGACAAAAUGUGUGGUGGAGAUGGAGGGGAACCAGACGGUCCUGCAUCCGACCAUCACCGGGGUCAGCAAAGGAGACAGCCGAAAUCAGCCGAAGGUCUUCGCCUAUGACCACUGCUUCUGGUCCAUAGAUGAAUCUCAGAAGGACAAGUUUGCAGGUCAGGACGUGGUGUUCCAGUGCCUCGGGGAGAGCCUGCUGGACAACGCCUUCCUGGGCUACAACGCCUGCAUCUUUGCUUACGGACAGACAGGCUCUGGGAAGUCGUACACCAUGAUGGGCUCGUCGGAGCAGCCCGGUCUGAUCCCCCGGCUCAGCAGCUCCCUGUUCAGCAGGACCGUGGGGGAGGCCCGGGAGGGAGAGGGCUUCACCGUGGAGGUCUCCUACAUGGAGAUUUACAACGAGAAGGUCCGAGACCUGCUCGACCCCAAAGGAAAUCGACAAGCUCUGAGAGUGCGGGAGCACAAGGUGAUGGGGCCGUACGUCGACGGCCUGUCGCGCCUGGCCGUGGCCUGCUACAAGGACAUCGAGUCUCUGAUGUCGGAGGGGAACAAAUCCCGCACAGUGGCAGCAACCAACAUGAACGAGGAGAGCAGCAGAUCCCACGCUGUGUUCAACAUCAUCCUCACGCACACCCUCAUGGACCUGAAGUCCCAGACCAGCGGAGAGAAGGUCAGCAAGCUGAGCCUGGUGGAUCUCGCUGGCAGCGAGCGGGCGGCGAAGACCGGCGCGGCGGGGGAACGUCUGAAAGAAGGCAGCAACAUCAAUAAGUCCCUCAGUACUCUGGGUUUAGUUAUCUCUGCCUUGGCUGACCAGGGAGCAGGGAAGUACAAGAGCAAGUUUGUUCCCUACAGAGACUCUGUGCUCACCUGGCUGCUCAAGGACAGCCUGGGGGGGAACAGCCGCACGGCCAUGGUCGCCACCAUCAGCCCCUCGGCGGACAACUACGACGAGACUCUGUCCACUCUGCGCUACGCCGACAGGGCCAAGAGCAUCGUCAACCACGCCGUCGUCAACGAGGACCCCAACGCCAGGAUCAUCCGAGAGCUCCGCGAGGAGGUGGAGAAACUGAAGGAGCAGCUCACCGAGGCCGAGUCCAUGAAGGCCCCCGAGCUGAAGGACAGACUGGAGGAGUCUGAGAAACUCAUCCAAGAGAUGACCGUUACCUGGGAGGACAAGCUGACCAAGACGGAGGCCAUUGCACAGGAGCGUCAGAGGCAGCUGGAGAGUCUGGGUAUUUCCCUGCAGUCCUCUGGUAUCCGAGUGGUGGACGACAAGUGUUUCCUGGUCAACCUCAACGCUGACCCCGCCCUCAACGAGCUGCUGGUCUACUAUCUGAAGGAGCACACGCGUGUGGGCUCGGCCGACUCGCAGGACAUCCAGCUGUGCGGGAUGGCCAUCCAAGCCGAGCACUGCGUCAUCGACAUCAGCGAGGACGGCGGCGUGGUGCUCGGUCCUCACCGCAACGCUCGAACGUGUGUGAAUGGUGCUGCAGUCUCGAGCCCAGUGCAGCUUCACCAUGGCGACCGCAUCCUGUGGGGAAACAACCACUUCUUCAGAAUCAACCUGCCGAGACACAUGGUCCACACAGGGGGUGAGGACGAGGACGGCGGCGCCGCCCUGAAGGCGUGUUUGAGCACCGAGCGGCUGGAGGCGGACUCCGACGCGGCCAGCGAGCUGAGCUUUGGCUACGAGUUUGCUCAGGCUGAAGUCAUGAUGAAAGGCAUGGGCCACAACGACCCUUUGCAGGCGGUCUUGCAGACCCUUGAGAGGCAGCACGAGGAGGAGAAGCGCUGCGCCCUGGAGCGGCAGAGGCAGAUGUACGAAGAGGAGCUGCAGCACCUGCGCCGCAGGCUGACCCCGGAGAGGCCCUCCCACCUUCCAGAGCCAACGGGCCAGAAGCGCGUGCGGCGCUGGAGCGAGGACCGAGAGGCGUUGAUGACGCGCAGCCUGCGGCGCCUCAAGGAGCAGAUAGUCCGGGCCAACCUGCUGGCACAAGAGGCCGGCUUCAUUGCCGAGGAGAUGAGCAAGAGGACGGAGUACCUGGUCACUCUGCAGAUACCUGCUGCCAACCUGGAUGCCAACAGGAAGCGGGAUGUAGUUUUGAGUGAGCCGGCCAUCCAGGUUCGCCGUAAAGGUAAAGGGAAGCAGAUCUGGGCUUUGGAGAAGAUGGAGAACAGGCUGGUGGACAUGAGGGAGCUCUACCAGGAGUGGAAGGACUUUGAUGAAGACAACCCUGUGAUGCGGUCCUACUUCAAACGCGCCGACCCGUUCUUCGACGAACAGGAGAACCACAGUCUGAUCGGAGUGGCGAACGUUUUCCUCGCCUGCCUGUUCCACGACGUUAAGCUGCAAUACGCUGUGCCCAUCAUCAACCAGAAGGGAGAGGUGGCGGGUCGGCUCCACGUGGAGGUGUGGCGGCGGACCGAGGGCCACGAGGAGGGAGGUCCGGGGGGGUCUGACACCCAGCAGAGCUACGCAGACGGAAACCCACAAGAGCGCAGACUGGACUGUGUGGUGAAGAUCCUGCGCGCCAGCGGUCUGCCUCGCCACCUGUCCAACUUCGUCUUCUGUCAGUUCCACUUCUGGGGGCAGGAGGAGUCCGUGUUCAUCGGUCCAGAGAUGCAGCCGUCCUCCUCCUCCUCCUCCAGAGACCCUGAGUGCACCGUGGUCUUUGACAGCACCAAGGAGUUGUCUGUGCCGGUGUCGGAGGACUUUUUGGAAUAUUUGGCCGAGGGGGCGGUGGCCAUCGAGGUGUACGGCCACAAGCAGGCCAACCAUCGCAGGAACCUGGCUCUGUGGGACCUGGGCGUGAUCCAGGCUAAGACACGCACACUCAGGGAGAGGUGGAACGAGGUGACCCGACACCUGGAGCUGUGGGUUCAGCUGAUGGAGCUGAACGAGGCAGGAGAGUUCACAGCUGUAGAGGUACUUCCUGCUAAAGAUGUCCGUACAGGAGGAGUCUUCCAGCUCAGACAGGGUCAGUCCCGCCGUGUCCAGGUGGAGGUCCGCUCAGUACCAGACUCGGGCACCAUGCCCCUCGUCGCCGCCUCCAUCCUCUCCGUGUCCAUCGGAGACGUCAAGGUCCGACAGAUCUCUAAAGGCAGCCAAUCACAAUGGGGUGGGGAUGAAGAAAUGGACAGCUACCAGGAGGCAGACCUGGAGCGGUUGAGGGCUCACUGGCUGCUCAUGCUCACUCAGAGGCAGGAGUAUCUGGACCAGCACCUGCAGAAGAUCGUUAGCAGACCAGAUAAGUCGGAGGAUGACGUGGAGAGGGAGUCCCAGCUGCUGGAGUGCCGCCUCACGUUGACCGAAGAACGUAACGCCGUUCUCGUGCCGCCGGCUGGCAGCGGCAUCCCCGGAGCGCCGGUGCAGAGGGUUCCUGUACCUGGGAUGGAAACGCACAUUCCCGUCCUGUUCCUGGACCUCAGCGCUGACGAUUUCCAGUCCAGUCUGCCGUUGGUGGGGGGGCUGGACGCGCUGCUCAGUGGGGAGGAGGAGGACGACUUCUUUGACCUUCACAUUGUCAAACACUAUGACCCAGAGGUGAUGGUGGAGGCCUCCUGGGACUCCACAGUCCACCAGUGCCCCCAGCUGAGCCGCGCGGCGCCGGGGGACCAGAGGGUGUACCUGACGGUCAGCGCCGUGGUGCAGCUGAGCCACCCGGCCCACAUGCAGCUGGUGCUCAGGAAGCGCGUCUGCGUCAACGUCACCGGGAGGCAGGGCUUCGCUCAGAGCCUCCUGAAGAGGAUGUCUCAGCGCAGCAGCAUCCCCGGCUGCGGAGUCACCUUUGAGAUCGUUUCAAACAUCCCGGGGGACAUCCACGGCCCGGAGGACCGGGAGAUGCUGGCCAGGCUGGCGGCCAGCACCGAGGACGACCAGUCGGCUGCCAGCGAGGCGGCCAUAGAGAAAUACCUGCGCAGCGUCCUGGCUGUGGAGAACGUCCUCACUCUGGACAGACUCAGACAGGAGGUGGCUGUGAAGGAGCAGCUGGACGUCAGAAGCAAAGCGUCCAGGCGCUGCCUGAGCUCUCCCAACGUCAACCGGCUGUCUGCCAGCAGUCUGGAUCUUUGCUCCUCUCCUCACAGGCUCAAUGACUUCAAGGGCUGGGAGAGCCACCAGGACCUCUCUUUCGGACCUCCUUCAUCUAGACGCACGCUGCCCAGCUCCGUUGGCCACCACCUGAACCCAGAGGCCGUGAAGGCCAUGCCGAAGCUGCUGAAGUCCCUGCUUCCUGGUGGGGACGAGACAGCUGUCCAUCAGCAGGUUCCUCGCAUCGUGGUGCAAUCAGCCAGCGUGGAAGAGGGCUUGAACCAACAUCCGCACUCAGUUCCCAUCGAGGAAAUCGUUCCUCUGGAUUUCCAAAGAGAGAACCCCAGAUCCGUCCCCCUCCCGCCGCCAAUCAUCCCAGAGGCAGAAGAGUCCUCCUCCAGCCCACCGAGCAGAUCCAUGUCUCCAGCUACGCUGUCGGACGUGUACACGCUGAGCUGGGACCUGCCCCUGUCCACCGACGCCUUUGAGGACGAGCAGGACAAUACAGUGAGUCGCUGUGACGCCUACUCUGAGUUUAUUCGUGUGGACCAAUCAGAGCCGCGGGAGUCCCUGCCGCAGUUGGACAAUGAGACGGUUAAAGAGAGGACGGACGGGUCCAAACCGGACAAUACUCUAUGGGAGUCCUACCCCAACGAAGAGCCUCAGGAACCAGAACAGUCUCUGAUGGAGCCAGGAGAUGCUGAACCAUCACAUUCAAAGUGCCACAACCAACCAAAGCCAGACUCCGCCCUUGACCUUGUUGAACCGCUACAGUUGGACAAUUUGGAGCCACUUGAAGAUCCUUCGUUGGUGCCAGAGAAAGAAACCCAGCAGACAGACUGUGCACCAACAGUCCCCUUGAAGGCACAAAGCCCUCCGACAGUAGAACUCGAGCCAGCUGCCACGGAAGAGGCCAAAGUGCCACAGCAGCUCAAACAAGACCAAACACCCUUCAGCGAUGAUGAAGAUCCAGUCCCAGACGUGUCUGAAGACUUGGCUCGUCUCCCUUCGUCCAAAGAACGAGCCUCUUCUGAGGCUUCAGACCCGAGCGGCACCACCAAAGAAGAAGUCCAAGAGGAGAGCCAUGCCAGUGCGUCAGAGAAAGCCCCCCCAGCCCCAGCUCAGACCCUGACGGUAGCAAACCCCUUCAAGAUCCACAAAGUGAAGUCUUCAGACCUCAAGUCCUUCCAGCGUGUUGUGGCCGACGGGGAGGAGGAGGUCAAGGCCGCCCCGGGGCAGCGGGCCAGCGGCCUGGAGGUGAUCUCCGACUCGGAGGAAGGAGACUCUUCGGCCGUUCUUCCUGACUGGCUGAAAGACGGCGAGUUUGUGAGCGUGGGCAACAAUAAGAGCGGCACCGUUCGGUUUGUCGGCCCCACGCACUUUGCACAAGGGGUCUGGGUGGGUGUGGAGCUGGAGGUACCAGCAGGGAAGAACGACGGCUCAGUGGGAGGCAAGCACUACUUCCACUGUAACCCCGGUUACGGCGUGCUGGUGAGGCCCGACAGGGUGAGCCGGGCCGGCGGGAAGCGCCGGCGCCAACAGCAGAAGCGCAGCAGCGCCAACCUGUCUGGGUCCAGCCCCAACCUGGCAGCCCUCACGGCUCUGGCCAAAGGCGAAGGGGCAUCGGGCGGCCGGCAGAAAGGAGAGAACCGCAAGUCGUGGAACAACUGAGGCUCCCAGCGUGCUGCAUGGGGGUCCAGAGGGGGCGGGCCCUCACCGAGCCGCUCGUGUAGGACAAACACAGGUAGAAGGACGAUACGCCGUUUGAUCACAUGUUUGAGGUAUGUCGAUGCUAAAGAAUGCUAAACUAAAGCGAUCACAAUGUAUUACACAGCUGUGUUUAUGGGAUUGACUUCCAACAUUGUUUAUACGGCUUGGUAAUGUUCAUUUUAUGUUGCGUCUGGAAAUACUACUGCUAGUACUACUAGUACUACGACGUGCCUUUAUGGGUGACCCCCCGACCUUCUGUAGGCAGGUUGAGGUCCGUUUUACUUUAUUGUGUAAUCGACUGUUUUACUACUUACUUGCACUCACUUUUCUGACCUUCUACUGAAGUUUUAAAGAUUGAUUGGACUCAUUUUUAAGGGGAAUGUUUUUCACUGACUUUUGAAUAAUACGGUGUGCAUGUGGAUGGUGAUUAUGUUGAGAAUUGGUAUCAAUUUUAUACAUUUGAUUAUUUAUUUCAAGAUGAAAAAAAUCACCUUUAUAUUGUCAAAUAAACUUUGAGUGUCAAGUGUGUGAUUGACCUUUGUGGAGUAAAGACGAUAAUGAACACAGGAAAAGGCUCACUGAU